AAGAGAAGAGGAAAGUAGACGGCCAUUACUGGGGCAGAUACAGCAGCAUUUAAGUUCUGGAGCAGCAGAUGUGGCCAGAUUCCAGCAUGCUCCGUCUCAGUCUUUGUGUUCUCUUCCUGCCGUUGUGCUGGUCUCUGCCCCUGGCGGGGUGGGUGGAGUCCCCUGGGUAUCCGCGGGGGUACGAGCCUCAUGCCUCGCUCACCUGGUCCCGCUGUGCUCCACCCGGACACACUCUUGCCCUCACACUCGUCCACCUGGACCUGGAGGAUGGCUACGAGUGUGAGAACGAUGUCCUGAAGGUGUAUGCAGACGGAGGCCUCAUCUCCAGCCUGUGUGGCAGGAUGUCCCUGCAGGAGCUGCGCUCCUCAGUAAACCCCUCUCUCCUGUCCUCCUCUGGCGGCUGCCUCAACAUGUCCUUCAGCGCAGACUACUCCAACACCGAGAGGCACACAGGCUUCAGGGGCUUCUACACCAUACAGGAUUAUGAUGAAUGUGACGAUCCGAACAUCGAGUGCUCACACUUCUGCUAUAACUACAUUGGAGGCUACAUGUGCACCUGUCCACCUGGUUACCUCCUCAACGCAGACAACCACACCUGCACCGUGAGCUGCACUGAGGACCUUUCCGGGUCCCUGCGUGGCCAGGUGACCCCACCGGGCACCCCUGGCCCCUACGCUGAGGACGCUCACUGCUCUUACAGCCUGGCCGUGGAGGAGGGACUGCAGCUGGUGCUCGAAUUCACCGGCCAGUUCGACGUGGAGACCAAACCCAGUGGAGAGUGCGCUGAUGCAGUCAGAAUCAAAACACGUUCUAAGACUUAUGGGCCGUACUGCGGUCGAGUUCCCCCUGACCCCAUCGACACCGGGAGUAGCCAGGUCCAGAUUCUGUUUGACUCAGACGAUGCCGGAACUAACAUGGGCUUCGCGGUCACAUACAAGACUAAAAGGAUGACGUGCCUAGGGGAGGUCACAGCGGACUCCAGUCUCCAACCCAGACGCCAGCAGUACGUGAUGGGGGACACCGUUACUGUGACUUGCGAUGCAGGGACCGCCGUGGACCAGACCAUAGGUCCUGGCAUUAAAAGUAAUAGGACAUUUGAGAGCAGAUGCCAGAAGAAUGGAGGAUGGAAGCCUGUCUACAACUGUGAAAUGGUAGAGUGUGAGGAGCCAACUCUUCCACAUGCAGUAAAACUGGUGGGACAUUUGUCUAAACAUUACAAGAGUGAACUUCAUUUCGCCUGCAUCUCCAAAUACUACAAACUGGAAAGUGAUGAGGUCUUUACAUGUGAGGCAGACGGACUCUGGAAAUCCACAACUGGUCAUACCAAAAUGCCGAGAUGUCUUCCAGUUUGUGGAGUGACAGAGGGUCAGAGCAGCAGCGGCAGGAUCCUAGGUGGGAAGAGGGCUAAAUUGGGAGAGAUCCCGUGGCAGCUCCUCAUCAAAGAGCCGAAGAAAGGAGGGGCCUCCCUGAUCAGUGACCAAUGGGCUGUAACUGCCGCUCAUGUGGUGGAUGGAAUCAAAACAAAAACACUGGUAGUACGUGGGGGUAUGAUUGACGCUACCGCCCAAAAUGCGGUCAUCAUGUACACUGAGAAGAUUAUAAUCCACCCUGGCUAUGAGAAAGGCACAUCUGAUGAUAGUCGAACAACAUUUGACAAUGACAUCGCUUUGCUCAAAAUGUCCAGAAAGGUAGAACUCGGUCCGAACCUGAUCCCAAUCUGUUUGCCAGAGAGGGCUGCUGCAAAAUUGGGGGAGAUGAGCACCGUGUCAGGGUAUGGGAUGAGAGAGAAGGUAGAGCAAGCUAGAUUUUUGCAUUAUGCAGACAUAGCAGAAAUAGAGAACGAGAAAUGCAAGGAAACACCACGUAAUAAGAACAACAAUCUUAUACUUUUCACUGAGAACAUGUUCUGUGCAGGAAUGGAAGGCAAGGACAGCUGCGGUGGUGACAGUGGAGGUCCUCUGUUUGUGCCCAGGGUGGGUUCUGGGGCGCCAGAUAAACCCUACAGGCUGAAGGGCAUAGUGUCUUGGGGUGCUUUCUGUCGUGACAAGAACUAUAAGGGAUAUUACACCAAGGUGCAGAACUAUCUGGACUGGAUAAGAGAGACCAUGGAGAAGGAGGAUGAGCUGAAUGACACCCUUUUGGGUGUGAGUGUGUGUGUGUGUGAGUCGAUCUCUCCUGAAGUGAUGUACGGGGAGGUCAAGUCUCCUCUGUACCCCCAGCCUUACCCAGCUGGUGUGUAUGAGGAGUGGGAUCUGACCGUCCCCACCGGCUACAAGAUCCAGCUCACCUUCACCCACUUGGACAUCGAGCCUUCAGACGACUGCUACUAUGACUCACUAAUGGUCAUAUAUAAUGACAAAAUUUUGUGGAAGUUCUGUGGUCAAGCCAACUCUGCUGAUGGAAAUCACCCUGGCAACCAGCCUAUUUUGGCCCCUGGCAACCGCCUCCGCUUGAUCUUCCAAGCAGAUGAGACCAACCCGGGACUGCACAAGCACCUCGGUUUCUCAGUGUUCUACCAGGCCGUGGAUGUGGACGAGUGUGCAGAAGGGGCGGAGCCAGGCAAGACCUCACCCUGCUCCCAGAUCUGCCUCAACACCCUGGGAUCCUACUUCUGCUCUUGUCACCAUGGCUACAACCUCCGUGCCGACCAGCGCACAUGCAUGCCGAGUUGCCAGGGUGGGGAGUUCCGUGAGCUGGAGGGCACCCUAAGCAGCCCGGGCUACCCAGAGCCCUCACCCCACGGCCUGCACUGCCUCUACAACAUCUCCGUGGAGCCCGGCUUCCUCAUCACACUCAACUUCACACACCACUUCCACAUCGAGCACAUCAACAACCCACAGCCCUCCUGCCUCUACCACUGGCUGCAGGUGACCAUCCCGGGCAGUAAGCCUAGGAAGCUGUGUGGGAGCGAGAGCCCCGGCGUCAUGGUCACCGGCUCUCACUGGGUCCAGCUGGAGUACCACACGGACUGGGCCGGGCUGAGCCGCGGGUGGAGCCUCCACUACACCACCCAGAGGGUGAAGUGUGAAAUUCCCAACGGCGUGGAUAACGGCCGCGUCACCCCUUCCCUGACCGAGUACCUCUACAAAGACUACAUCCACGUGCGCUGUCUUAAGGGCUACAAGCUGAUGCAGGAUGGAAGGGAGAUCGAGGCCUUUGGAUCCAUGUGCCACAGUAACGGGAGAUGGCACAAGUCUCUUCCGGAGUGCCACAUCAUUGACUGUGGAUACCCCGAGAUGCUGCUGAACGGAAACUUCACUUUUGUCUCCAACACGAAAGACAACGAGUACCGCUCCAUCAUCAAGUACACCUGCAAUGAGCCCUACUACUUAUUUGACAAGAACCAUGAAGCGGUGCAGUUCACCUGUGAGGCGAAUCGCAAGUGGACGCAAACCAGCAACAAUGAUGUCAUUCCUGUGUGUGUGCCAGUGUGUGGACGUCCAGUCAAGUCCUUUGAGCGUCGCCAGCGGGUGCUUGGGGGGAAGGUGGCUCAAGCAGGGGAGUUCCCCUGGCAGGUGCUGCUCAAAGUGGGUGGCCGUGGAGGAGCAGCAGUCAUAGCACCCAAAUGGAUCCUGACCGCAGCUCACAACCUGGCGUCUGCGUCAACGAAUUGGCCAGAGGUAGUCUGUACAUGCUUCUCUGGGCCAGAGGUAGUCUGUACAUGCUUCUCUGGGCCAGAGGUGUAUGUCGGACACACUGAUGUCCACCAGAUAACAAAAUCACCCUCUCUGGAAGUGGACUCCAUACAUGUUCACCCCCAAUUCAAUAACCCAGAUGGAAAUAGUAACUAUGACAAUGACAUCGCCCUCAUCAAGCUUAAGCAGCCAAUCACAUUUAGUGCAGAUGUUAUGCCACUGUGCCUACCCCCAGCGAAUGCCCAAUACCAAACAGGCAAAAUGGGGACUGUGUCAGGGUUUGGUGUCACAGAGGAAAGUAUUGCCAAUGAGCUUAGGUAUGUGCAGCUCCCCCUGGUGGACCAAGGCCACUGUCGCACCUCCAUUGACUCGAAAAGGACAAACCACGGUGACAUCUCCAUCUUCACUGGCAACAUGUUCUGUGCUGGGUUCCCUGAGGGCAGUAAAGACACCUGCCAGGGGGAUAGUGGUGGGGCUUAUGUUUUGAAGGAGGACGAUGGGCGCUACUGGGCAGCUGGGAUUGUAAGCUGGGGAAUCAACUGCGGGGUAAAGGGCACUUAUGGCGUAUACACCAGAGUUGGCCAGUACUUGGACUGGAUCACCAAGACCAUGGAGGGAAACCACACAGGUGUGACGAACCUGUUUAGGUUGACGCCUGGCAUCGGGACACAGCUUUGCCACCGGAACAGGCACGUGGUCACUGCUAACCUAAAUGAAGAUGAUGUAGAUAUGGUAGAUGAGCUGUCAAGUACAGAAUACAACGAAGAGGAGGAACUCAGUAGUCCCCCACCAAGAAAAAGACGCAGGUGUAGUAGUGCACAAGCGGCCCAACCAACGCUGGCAUGGAAGACAGGGAAAGACGUAGACACGGCUCCACCAGGAGUGCGAUUCUGCCCCGCACGGACGCCGGGUGUUCAGAUGAGUUCAACGGACACCCACACUCCACUGGACCUAUUCAAACUCUUCUUCUCAGACAGGGCCGUCAAAACUUUGUGUGACUACACUAAUAAGCAAGCUGCCAUAAAUAUUGCAAAAGGAUGCGCAUACAAGUGGGUUGAUGUUGGUGUUCAUGAGUUCUUCAAUUAUAUCGGACUGAUUUUUUUCAUGGCCACAAUCAAGCUGGACGAGAUCAAAGAUUAUUGGCAGCAAGAUGACAUUUUCUCCAUACCCUUCCCAGCAACUGUGAUGACCUGGGACAGAUACAGAUUUAUCACCCGGAAUGUCAAAAUGAGCAAUCCACACAAGGACCAGGAAAACGACAACAGACAGGGAACACCAGCACACGACAGCCUGUUCCAAGCAAGACCUCUGCUGGACACAAUCCGGACCGCCUGCAAAGCCUUCUACCACCCUCACAAGAACCUAGUCAUGCAUGAUGGAUUGACCGCAACCAAGGGCUUUAAGUUGUUUGUACUCGCUGAUGCAGCCAAUGGCUAUGCUGUAGAUUUUGCUGUUUACAGGAGAAAGAGCGGCUUCCAAACCGGAGAAGGGCUUUCCUAUGACUCUGUGAUGUCACUCGUAAGCCGUCCCUACUUGGGUUCCGGGUAUCAUUUGUACACAGACAGUUUCUACACAAGCCCAAAGCUCUUCAGAGACCUGCAGGGUCAAAGCUUUGGUGCUUGUGGUCUGUACAGAGAGCACAGGAAGAACAGUCCUCGCAGCACAUCUAACGCACUGGACAAGAACUCCAGCAAAGCCGCCAUCAGAUGGAUCAGGGACGGUCCACUGGUGUUUGUGAAGUGGAUGGACAGAAAAGAGGUGUGUGUCUGCUCCACGAUCCAUGCAGCCUACUCGGGGGACAAAAUCCAGGGGUGGGUGAAGCCCAAAACGGGAGGCUCGAAGCCCAAGCUGUAUCCAUGCCCCUCAUCUGUUGUGGACUACAACAAGUAUGCGGGCGGUGUUGAGUUUCCAUACCAGCUGAUUCAGUAUUACACAACACAGCAUAAAGAAAUGAGAUGGUACAGGAAGUUGUUUUUGUACUUCCUGGAUAUCGCUGCAAUGAACGCAUAUACCCUCCAUAAAGAACUGACCGCCCAGCGGCAGCAGACGACACUGACCCACAAGGCCUUCAUGGAGGAGCUGAUGGCAGAGCUUUGUGGGGUAUCAAACAAGGCUUCUCAAAAACGUGAAAGUUGUCAGCACGUGCCCGUUCCAGUGGCCUCUCUGCGACCUGAUGUCAGCAAGCGAGCCGCCUCCGGCCGCACAACCUGCCUAAUGUGCAGGAUUGAUGGCAAGAAACAGAGCACUCCAUGGAAGUGCAAGAUUUGUGAUGUUGCCCUCUGCCUGAAGCUGCUGUGUAUGAGUGUGUGUGUGAGUGUGUGUGUGUGUGAGAGGGUCUCUCCUACGCCUGCAGUUCUUGAUGGCCCAGGUAGUAACUGUCCUGUGCCUAGACCCUUACUGAAUGGAGAGGCAGAGAUUACCACUGAUGGAGAGACUCAGGUUGUUGAGUAUCGCUGUCACAAGCCAUACACUCUACGCAACGCCACCUCAACUAUCUGCUACACAUGUUUAUGCACCUCAUUAUCCUCUGCAGUCUACACAUGCUCAGAGGACGGCACAUGGAGAGACCAUGAAAACAGAGACACUCCUCCUGAGUGCGUUCCAGUAUGCGGUCGUCCAACAGUUAGUCUACUAAGGCACCAAAGGAUUUUGGGAGGGAAGAAAGCCCCUGCAGAAUCUGUGCCUUGGCAGGUGUUGCUGUCUGGUUUUGGCCGAGGUGGGGCCUUUGUGAUUCAUGAACAGUGGCUCCUCACUGCAGCUCACAACUACGUACAGCCUCAAGAAAUUAAAGAUAAAGAAUCCUUAGAGGUGUAUGUUGGAGAGAACACUGUUACUGGAAUGUUGAAAUGGCCCAAGCUGGAAGUGCAGGCUGUGCGUGUUCAUCCCUUGUAUAACAACCCGGAUGACAAAAACUACGACCAUGACAUUGCCCUGAUACAGCUCAAGCAAAAGAUCACGUUUAACUCCAGAGUCAUGCCACUGUGUUUGCCGACCACCGAUGACCAGUACAUGACUGGACGCAUGGGGUUGGUUUCAGGUUUUGGAGUAAUAGAAAAACAGAGACUGUUGUCAGAUCUCCGGUUUGUCAAACUCCCCCUGGUGGAGCAGAAAGUGUGUGAGGACUUUGCCAGCCUACCAAAUGUGCCCAACAGCAUCACGGAGAACAUGUUCUGUGCAGGCUUCCCGGAGGGGGGCAAGGACUCCUGUACUGGUGACAGUGGCGGGGCCUUUGCUUUUGAACAGGAUGGACGCUUCUGGGCUGCCGGGAUUGUUAGCUGGGGCGUGAAUUGUGGAGAACCAGGAUAUUAUGGAGUGUAUACCCGCAUUUCAAAAUACACUGACUGGAUACACAAGAUUAUAGACAACCAAUUCACAGAUUGUGGAGACCCAAAGCCUUUGCUGAAUGGCCGAGUGACAUUUCUCUCCAUCACUGAGAAGCAGUACCUGUCUGUCAUUGAGUAUCAGUGCAAUGAGCCCUACUACGCUUUCCAGGAAUCAGACAGAGUGCGCUACAUCUGUGCAGUAGAUGGAGUUUGGAGGGACAGGAACAACAGUGACAUCAUACCUCCAUGUGUCCCAGUAUGUGGCCGUCCUGAGACAGUAAAGAAUGGGAAUGUUCCCUGGUUCGUCUCUGUGAGCGUGGACGGUGGUAAAGGAGCAGGAUCUGUAAUAGGGAACAGAUGGAUCCUCACUGCAGCCAGCAGCCUGCUGCCCAGAGGGGAUGCCACCACAACCACACGGCAAGUCAAGUUAUCCAUCAAUGAGUCUGCUCUUGAGGUGACAGCCCUGCAUAUUCACCCCUCGUACAACCAGUCAGACAGCCUGACAUAUUUCAACCACAACAUUGCCCUGGUCAAACUGAGGAGUCUCAUCACCUUCAAUGCUGAUGUUACUCCACUGUGUCUUCCCACAGAGAAGUCUGACCGUGCUGGGCUGCGUGGUUUGGUAUCAGCAUUCCCGUCCAACUCCAGCAAUGAUAAGGGCAUCUGGCUCCCUCUAGUGGAUCAUGGGAAGUGUAACAGCAGCAAACCAGAGGUCCUUUCUGCCAAGACCCUGUGCUCUGAGGGAGCGAGGUCUCUCCUCAGUGAUUAUAUGGGGGCGGCGCUCGGGGUGGAGGAGGAUGGCAGGUUUGGGGCAGCGGGGGUCUUCAUUCAGACCGUUGCCAAUCAGGAAGGGGGUGCGUAUGGAGUUUACACCCACGUUUCUCAGUAUCAACACUGGAUCAGAGAUACUAUACAGCAACACUACUGUGAACACCCUGAGCUUCCCAACAUGGUGGAGCUGGUGGACCACGACAUACGAUAUGAGCAGCACAGUGAGCUCCAACUGCAAUGUGCCUCUAAGUACUACAGUCUACAGGGAGAAGAGAAGUACACGUGUGCAGCCGAUGGCGUGUGGAGGUCUGGGACUGGACAUUCCGUUUGGCCAACAUGUGUUCCAGUGUGUGGGAUCACAGAGGUCCCGCCCCACAGCAGUGCUCGUAUUCUGGGUGGCAGGGCAGCAAGGCUGGGGGCUGUGCCCUGGCAGCUCCUGAUGAAGGUGCCGUACCGCGCCGGUGCCUCCCUGCUCAAUGACCGCUGGGCUCUCACCACCGCCUCUGUGGUGGACGGACACACAGACCGCAAUCUCACCUUGUACGGAGGCAUGGUCGACAGCCUGGACAGCAAACAAGUCGUCAUGGUGAGCGAGAAGGUUGUCAUCCACCCUGGCUACAAGCGGGGUCUGUCCGAGGACAAACUCACCAGCUACGACAACGACAUCGCCCUGAUCAAGCUCUCCUCCAGGGUGAGGCUCGGCCCUACUCUCCGCCCCGUGUGUCUGCCGGAGAGGACGACCGGCAGCACCGCCCUGGAGGGGAAGAUGGGGACUGUGUCCGGGUUCGGCACCUGGGAGAAGGGCUUGCGGAGCCGGAGGCUCCGACAUGCCCCCAUCAGGGAGUACGCCCGGGAGCAGUGCGCGGAGACGCCGGUCCACGGCCUGCAGCAGCAGCCAAUGGCCUUCACCCACAACAUGUUUUGCGCCGGGCUGGAGGCCACUGACAGCUGCCAAGGGGACAGUGGUGGGCCUCUGGUGCAGCCCGUGGUGGGCUUGCAGAGGCCAGGGCAACUCUAUAGAGUGAAAGGCAUUGUGUCCUGGGGGCCUGUGUGCGGAAGUAAGACAUACUACACCAAAGUCCAGAACUACCUGGACUGGAUCACAGAGACCAUGGGAAAGGAUUAGUAGGGCAGUGGAAAAUGUUACAUUUGCCUUCAUAAAUUGUUUUAAUAAACACUAGGACUAAAUAAAAAGGAAUUGAUUUGGGUCACUUCUAGAGACUUUGCCACAUAAGCCCCUCAUAAGCCUGCAACGGAGCAGAAUUGGGUCUGUUGGUUGAAAUUGUUCUGCUAAAUGAAUGAAUGUAAAUGUCAAAUGUAAAUGUCAAAUUGAAAGUGAAAUGAAUAUGGAUUAUUUUGUCUGUAAAUUUGUAGUCAUUGCAAGAUAUUUUUGUGUAUCGAGAGAAUGCACUCAUUUUACUAAAUUGUGUACACGUUUUACUAAAUA